GCUAGAGAGAAACAUGUAUCGUUUCCGAUCACAGCUCUUCACGGGGAAUUCUGCUGCCGCCACCGCCCACUCGUACCCCCGCCGCUUCUCGCCCCUGUUGUUAGCCGAAGACUCGCCUCUCAGCCGCCCGCCGCACAGACAUACGAGUAGAAAGUGCAGCUCCAUCGGCUGAUCCUCGUUGAGCUCGGAGUUUGGGCGGCACCGGGCGUCCCACGAUGCCGAAGAAUAAGAAGCGGAACACUCCCCACCGCGGUGGCAGUGGUGGCGGCGGCGGCUCAGGGGCAGCCGCGGCGACGGCGGCGACGGCAGGUAAGGGGUAUCCCCGCGCCGUCAUUCCAGUGGCCGGCCCGGCUCGCCAUCCUCGGGCGCGGCGGGAGUUGUAGUUCAGUCUCUGGUUCGGACGUUUGCGUCUCCGUGGUGCGUGCGUGACUGAACUACAUUUCCCGUCGUGCCCAGGGCGCCGUACUCGCGCGAUUUGGGUUUGGCACGCGAGCCGGACUCGGACACCGGCCGUGGGGGCGGGGAGGAGUGGGUCCUUGGGCCUCCGCGUGUGUCGUGAUGGGGGUGACCCCCAGGGGGCGGGCGAAUUUGGAGCUGUCCCCAGAGGCUGCUGCUAGCCUUCCCGAACUGUCCCCUAUGAAGGGCGGGGCAGAGCUCGAGUGGCGCCCUGCUGUCACUGGCCGCCUGUGACUCUGGCGCCAACAUGGAGUUCUCGGGAGUGCCAAACGUCCGGCGGGUUGGGACCAGCCCUAGCGUCACGCGGCCUGGGCCUCGCGCGAGGGGCCGGGGUGACGCACAGGCGCGCGAGUGGCUUCCAUCCGGCUGCCUCCUUGCGCGUCCCGCGUGUUCACCUGGUCGGCGGAGGCAUCAGAGGCUGGGGUCAGCUCGCCACCCUAAGCUCGGCUCCUAACCCUGACACCUGCAGAAUCCCCACGCACCAAACUCCAGUGCUCGCAACCCAGGCGAACUGCUGCUCGCCGGGGCAGAGACCGCGCUCUUCAUGCUGCAGUCUAUACCUUCUCUGCAGUGCGUCCCGUUGGAACAGGUGUGACGAGCUCAGGUUGCAGUUGGCUCGAACUUUAGGGUUUUGUGUCCUUUCUGCAAAGUAGAAGCGUUUCCUGAAUGGCUAGGUGCUUAAUUAACUGUGUUGGUCCUCUACUUCCUAACGAUGCGGUGAAGAAAAAAAGGUUUCCUGACUGCAAAACUCUUGUGUAGGAGACGCCACACUGAACUCAAAUCGAGUAGUGUUACUCUCUGUUGAGAUUAUGGACUUUUGAAUAUUGGUGGUCAGCAUCGAAAUGUUCAACCUUUUAGUGAUGAAGAUGCAUCUAUUGAAACAAUGAGCCAUUGCAGUGGUUUCAGUGAUCCUUCCAGCUUUGCUGAAGAUGGACCGGAAGUCCUUGAUGAGGAAGGAACUCAAGAAGACUUAGAGUAUAAAUUGAAGGGAUUAAUUGACCUAACCCUGGAUAAGAGCGCGAAGACAAGGCAGGCAGCUCUGGAAGGCAUUAAAAAUGCACUGGCUUCAAAAAUGCUUUAUGAAUUUAUUCUGGAAAGAAGAAUGACUUUAACUGAUAGCAUUGAACGCUGUCUGAAAAAAGGAAAGAGUGAUGAGCAACGUGUGGCUGCAUCAUUAGCAUGUGUUCUUUGUAUUCAGUUGGGCCCUGGAAUUGAAAGUGAAGAGAUUUUAAAAACUCUUGGUCCAAUCCUAAAGAAAAUCAUUUGUGAUGGGACAGCUAGUAUCCAGACUAGGCAAACUUGUGCAACUUGCUUUGGUGUUUGCUCUUUUAUUGCCACAGAUGAUAUUACUGAGCUAUAUUCAACUCUGGAGUGUUUGGAAAAUAUCUUCACCAAAUCCUAUCUCAAAGAGAAAGACUCUAAUGUUAUUUGCAGCACCCCUAAUACAAUGCUUCAUAUCAGCUCGCUUCUCGCAUGGACAUUAUUAUUGACCAUAUGCCCAAUCAGUGAAGUGAAGAAAAAGCUGGAAAAGCAUUUUCAUAAACUUCCAAGCCUCCUUUCUUGUGAUGAUGUAAACAUGAGAAUAGCUGCUGGUGAAUCUUUGGCACUUCUUUUUGAAUUGGCCAGAGGAAUGGAAAGUGACUUUUUUUAUGAAGACAUGGAGUCUUUGACCCAGAUGCUUAGGGCUCUGGCUACAGAUGGAAAUAAGCACCGGGCCAAAGUGGACAAGAGAAAGCAGCGGUCAGUUUUCAGAGACGUCCUCAGGGCCGUGGAGGAACGGGAUUUUUCAACAGAAACUGUUAAAUUUGGUCCUGAGCGAAUGUAUAUUGAUAGCUGGGUCAAAAAACACACCUAUGACACCUUUAAGGAAGUUCUUGGAUCAGGGAUGCAGUACCACUUGCAGUCAAAUGAAUUUCUUCGCAACGUAUUUGAACUUGGACCCCCAGUGAUGCUUGACGCUGCAACACUUAAAACAAUGAAGAUUUCUCGUUUUGAAAGGCAUUUAUAUAACUCUGCAGCUUUCAAAGCUAGAACAAAAGCUCGAAGCAAAUGCCGAGAUAAGAGAGCAGAUGUUGGAGAAUUCUUCUAGAUUUUCAGUAUUUGACGACUAUUUUCUAAUUUCUUUCUUCGUAUUAUUUUUUCUAUUUCUAAUGUAUAUAAGCUUUAGAGACAGUUUUUACCUUGGGAUCAGCUUAGGUAAUUUUUAUAGUGGGUUGGGUUAUAAUUUAAUGUACAGUAUUACAAAUGAUGAGUUCUAAUUAUUGAAUAUUCUGUAAAUCAUAAACAUGAAUAAAGUGUUUGUAAUGUUUGGUCUUACUUUAUUUAUGUAGAGCACAAAAUGGUGGUGUUUCACUUUCUGUUACAAUAAGAAAACCUGCUAGCCAAGGUUUAAUUUCUUGCUCUCUGGCUGUCACAGAUACUCACCAAUUAUGUUAUACAAACAAGAUAUUUAAUUUCUUAAACAUGAGUUCUAGGUAAAAUUUUGGGUGCUAGUUCUUCUGGAAAGGCUGCCAUAUUUUAAAUUUUAAAAUUUUUGUCAUUGAGAUCAACAAAAGGAAUUAAUACCAUGAGACGUUACAGAUGUACUUAAAGGCCAUUCUGUUCAGCUGUUGGGUGUUCAUAGUGAAUUUGCCCGUGCAAGAAAGGUUGCUGACCUUAACCUUUGAGUGCAGGAACAUCAUUAUCUGCCAUAUGAGACCUUGUGCUUUUCGCUUUGAAAUAAAGGUCUUUUUCACAUGGAAAGAGCUUUGUGUUUAAUAGAAGAAACAUUAUUUAUGGUGUUGAGAUCAGAGUUCAAAAUAACUCAAUCCAGAUAGGGAGUGAGACAAAAGCUUUGUAUAUUUGAAACAUCAAAAUAGAUGAAGAUGAGACAAAGUUUUAUUGGAAAACAUUAACAUGAAAAAACUGUAGCACUAUAUAAUUAGGGUUUAAGUUACUGACUUGUAAGAGUAUUACUGUUGAUUGCUCUCUGGGUAUUUUUAUUUUAUGAAAAGUAAACAUUUUGAAAAUGCAUUUAAAAUAAUUAUUAAGCCCAAGUUUAAGUUGUGCACCUCAGACAGUGUAUCCAGUUUAGAUUCCAUAGACUUGUUUCUUUGGUAUUCUGGCUGUGGAAAGUUGUAGGGGAUGAGAAACUCCUUCACUGUGAGAGAAGCGCUAAGAUCAUUUCAGAUGGUUUUUCCAAAGUAACACUCCUGCUCUCCCACUUCCUGAGCAAAAACCGGAAAGUCCCAUGAACCUGCAGAUGAGAUUCAUUGCCUGACUUGUGGACUCCCUAUCACUGAAUUCCAUUCCUCAGAUGCAGCUCAGUAGAAAUAUUGGAAUCUAGCACUUGGGUUUGUGUGGCGGUGUCACCUUAUAUUCUUAGAGAAGGCUUGAACCAUGAAACCAGAUGAUAAUACUUUUCUAAAAUUUCACUUUUGCAUGUGAAUACAUGUCUUUAAGAAUGAGCUUUUAUUAAUGUGAGAUGCACAGUUUAACUGUACUUAAAGGCUUUAAGGAAAAGUGCUUGCUGUUCCAUCUUUUCCUGUGCUCAGUCCCAUUCCACCAGGCAUUCCGCCUUGAGUUUUUUCUAGCAGCAUGGUGCCAUGUUUCUACAUUUUAUGCUUUGGAGCUAGAGGUGUGGCUGAAGCAAUGGAGGGCCUGCCUAGCAAGUACAAGGCCCUGAGUUCAGACCUCACCAAAAAAACCCAUAGCAGCCUGGUUAAAUUUU